AAACAAACCGUUUCAACUAACCACUCCCCUCUUCACUCCCACACUGCAAUUCUCUGUAACAUAACAUGUCCUCCUCUUUCCCUCCAUCUUCUUCACUCCCUUCUCUGCAAACCCUAACCCUAAUUUCCUUCAAUGAGAAGGCCCUCAAAUUCAAUUCAACCCUCCACCCAUUUAUCAUUUCCUCCCGAUUUGGCCUUCAAAGCGCUCUUCAACUCACACCUAUCCUUUCCCUCCAAUUCCAAACCCAUGAGAAGCCCACUCAAAGUACACUCCUCCCAAUCUACAAACCCUUCCCCGAAUCAAACCCAAGCCCAAAACCAAACCCUCAUCUCGAUUCUCCACGCAAUCCCCGACUGGGCGGACGGCAUAAAAGAGCGGGGCAUGCGCAAGAAUCGAUCCUUGUAUAACCACGAGAAAUGGGUCGAGCACAGAAGCUCUCUCCGCCAUGUGCGCCACCUCCUGUCGAGUCUCUCUUCGCGGGUGAUUCUGUCGCUGAUUCCGCCGGUGACCGUGUUCACUACGGUGGCGGCGGUCAUUGCGACCUACAAUUCGGCGGUUUCGAUGCACUGGUUGCCGGAAUUUCUUCCCCUGUUGAGGGCGUCUUCGCUGCCGUACCAGUUGACGGCGCCGGCGCUCGCGCUGCUGCUGGUGUUUAGGACGGAGGCGUCGUACUCGAGGUUCGAACAGGGGAGUAAGGCUUGGACUAAGGUCAUUUCGGGGACUAAUGAUUUUGCGGGAUCGGUGAUCGCGAGCGUUGAGGGUUCGAGGGAUGCGCCGCUGAAGGAGGCUCUUUUGCAGUAUAUAAUGGCAUUUCCAGUUGCCCUCAAGUGUCAUCUGAUUUAUGGCUCAGAUAUAAGGCAAGACCUCCAAAAUUUGCUUGAAGUGGACGAUCUAGCAGUUGUUCUUAGUUCAAAGCAUCGUCCCCGCUGUAUUAUUGAAUUCAUUUCUCAAAGCCUCCAGUUGCUGAAUUUGGAGGAAUCAGAGAGAAAUGUAUUGGAGUCGAAAAUUUCUUGUUUCCACGAAGGAAUUGGUGUCUGUGAGCAACUUAUGAGUAUUCCAAUCCCCCUCUCUUACACUCGCUUGACCUCAAGGUUUUUGGUCCUCUGGCAUCUAACUCUUCCCAUAAUACUUUGGGAUGACUGCAAUUGGAUCGUGGUUCCUGCUACUUUCAUUAGCGCUGCUUCUUUGUUCUGCAUUGAAGAAGUUGGUGUUCUCAUUGAAGAGCCAUUCCCAAUGCUUGCCCUGGAUGAGCGUUGCAAUCUGGUUCACAACAACAUUCAGGAAGCAAUUAUAAUUCAGAAAUUAAUUCGAGCACAGGUUAAUGCAAAAAGAAAGCAUUGUCCUAAUGAAAAUUCACCAAAUGGUUGGCCCCCCUCAUAAGUAGAAAUGAAACUUCAGGCUUUAGAAAUCUUCAACUGCCAAAAAAACAGCUGUCUCUAAUCUUCCAAUGGUGUCCAGAUCUAUCUUGUGCUUGUAAUAUGCAAAUUUGCUGUUGUGAAAUGUUUCUGGACUUCAUUGGUUUGUACCUCUGUAUAUAUUAAAAUUAUAUUAUAUUAUUUGAUAAAAUUUCUUGUUCUCA